CGAUAAUGAGUCAGUGCGGACUGGAUCACAUGAUCCCUGCCGGAGGACGGUAGCCCGCUUUGCAGCGUAUAAGCUACAUCCUGCACAGCGCAGCGUAGGAUUCUGGAGAAAUGCGAGGACGGCAGUGUUCGUGUUCGUAAUGUGGAUGGAGGGAGAGAAUUGGACCGUAGAACCUCUCUCGACGUUGCUGGACAUCGCUGUUGGGCAAGACACCCAUCCUGUUCGGUUACCGGGUAUCUUGCACGUUCCUUAGGCACAAAAAAUAUCAAACCUUGUUGAGUCGGAAGGAAUUUUAUUUGAUUUUAUUUUUAUUUUUAUUUCUUUUUUACUUCGAGGGUGAGAGAAAACAGCAAAGCUUCUUCGCUGGGCGCACUGUCACGCCAUUUUCAUCAAGCGAUAUAUUUACCUUCAUUUUUCCUGUCCAUCCUCCGGCCAUCUCGGUUCCUUAUUACGAAGGCAAGAAACGGCAGCUUGAAGAUGGCACCGCAACCCGCACCCUUCGAGCCCAAUGUGCCCCCCGACGAGUUGGAAGGGGACAAGGCUCAGGUUGAGUCGAAAGACGAUGCCGCGUUGCUGCAGACCAUGGGCUAUAAGCCGGUCCUCCACAGAACCUACACUCUGCUGGAGAAUUUUUCAACGACAUUCGCGGCUCUCUACUUCAUCGGCGGCGUCAGGGUCACCUACAGCACGGGUAUCGCCGCCGGCGGUAAUCUAGCAUACUGGUGAGCAGCACGCCUGCAAACAUGCGGGAGAUCAAGGAAAUGAAAUGUGAUUCUCACAUCCACAGGACGAGCUACCUCGUCACCCUGGUUUUCACCUUCAUCACCGCUGCCGUCAUCGCAGAGGUAUGCUCCGCCUCGCCUUCCGCCGGUUCCAUUUACCUGUGGGCCGCUGAGGCCGGCGGGCCGCGAUUUGGAAGGCUGCUCGGCUUCAUCGUCGCCUGGUGGAGUACGACGGCCUGGACGACGUUCUGUGCCAGUAACACGCAAGCGGCGGCAAACUACAUGCUCGCGGAAUUGACCGUAUUCAACGUCGACUUCCCGCAGGAUGCGGACGACGUCAAAUUCCGCGCCGUCCAGUGGAUCUGCACCGAGAUUCUUCUCGCCUUGGCUGCGCUCUUGAAUUUCAUGCCCCCCAAAUAUUUUCGAUGGGUCUUUUACUUUUCGUCGUUCAUCGUCCUGCUGGACUUCCUCAUGAAUCUUAUCUGGUUCCCCAUCGGCGCUCACGACACCUGGGGGUUUCGGUCUGCCCAUGACGCCUUCAUGUUGACCUACAACGGAACCGGCUUCGAGGCGGGCUGGAACUGGUGUCUCUCGUAUCUUGCCACCGCUGGAAUUCUGAUCGGCUUCGACGCCUCGGGUCACGUCGCAGAGGAGACGAAGAACGCUGCCGUGACUGCCGCCCGAGGCAUCUUCUGGAGUACCUUUGUCAGCGGCAUUGGGGGAGCCGCGGCGAUUGUUUUGUUCUUGUUCUGCGCGCCGGACCCAGACACUUUGAUGAGCUUCGGUUCGCCUCAGCCAUUCGUACCCUUGUAUGCCGUGGUGCUCGGCAAGGGCGGUCAUAUCGUGAUGAACGUUGUCUGCAUCAUCGCCUUGUGGCUGAACACGGCGAUAGCCAUCGUCGCUGCAUCCCGACUCGUCUUCGCAGUAGCGCGUGAUGGGGUCCUACCGUUUUCCGGCUGGGUCUCCCGCGUCAAAGACGGCCAGCCCCGAAACGCCGUCAUCGUGGUCUGGGCCGUCGGCGCCAUUGUUACCUGCACCAUUCUCCCAUCGAGCGUCGCUUUCACCUCCCUCGUCUCGGCAGCCGGUGUUCCUAGCGCCGCGGCAUACGGCCUGAUCUGUCUCGGCCGACUCCUUUGCACGCGCGACCGGUUUCCAACGCCGAAAUGGAGUCUAGGAAAAUGGAGUAAGCCGUUCCAGUUCAUUGCGGUCUUUUGGAACGCAUGGGUCGUGGCUAUUCUGUUCUCCCCGUAUGAGUAUCCUGUCACUGGACAGAACCUCAACUAUGCACCCAUCAUCAUGGCCGGCGUCACCAUCUUCGCCCUCAUUUCCUACUUCGUCAUGCCAGAAGAGGCCUGGCUACCGAGGAACCGCAUCUCGCACUUCAUCGACACCAAGGGCGUCAGCAUCCACGAGACGGUCGACGAGGUCGGUGCGCGCUCCACUGCAAGAGAGGCAACAUCAUCAUCAUCAUGAUGUUACAGUCAUAUAAUCCCACCUGGUUUGUACAAUAUAGUAUAGCAUUUGGAUAUACAGGUAAUUAGAUACCCCCGGGACGGCUACAACUGGAUAGAUGGUAGAUUCGACAACUUGGGUGGUAUGGCGAGUAGGUAUGAUAUUGAACGCUUGGAACGAGGCGAGGCUUGGUUACUAGGCUUGGCUUCAUUCGUUCUCGGAAAGGAGGCAACGGAACAGCCUUGAAUUAAGCACAGGCUAUUGCCUGUGAUGACUCUAGUUAAUCUGCGAUUUAAUAAGGAUUGGAUUACAGUAAGUGAACGAUGCCCUUGUUCACGUUUAGCAGGAUCCAGGACAAUCCUCUUCAUCCACUCCAUCUACCACCUUUUCCAACCUCAUCAUGCUAGGACAGAAGCUCUGUUCUGUUGACUUGAAUAAUAUCAAUGCUGAAUUCCAGGGAUCGAUCCCCUUUCGGCCUGUGGCUUGCAGUCCAGAUUCGUCCCCUCAUCGACCUAGGCGCCAAAGUCGUGGAAUCUACCAAAUGGCCGGUGAGGUAUAUACGUACCUGGGGACUGAUCUACUUCCUACGUCAGAAAGCCAUGGUGUGAGGUAUAGGUCCUUAAACAGUGCUAUUCGGCCUUGUAGAUGUAAUGGUUUAAAUAUAGAAUUCAUUUUGGUACUAGAUACACGAAGAAUUCCUUGGGAGGAGGAAGAUGAGACAACGGCAUGCCAGCGACAAA